AUGAGAAUCUUAAGUGAUUUUUUUUGGAUAGAGUAAUGGAGAUAAAGCUUUACUCGGUUUUGAGCAACCUGAAUUUCUCAAGUUCAUAAUUGAGUAUGGGAGUUUUACCAUUUCUCUUUGUUCCACCUCCAUGUGCUGCUUUUCUAUCUGCAUCUCCAAGGUGCAUGGAAAAUUCAAAUCUCAACUAUGCCGUGCCUGACAGAGUCUCCACACUAACAGUGCAAAAGUUUUCGAGAAGAAUGAUUCUUCAGUUUCUGGGUAUUAACAACAUGAUAUAUUAUGCUUCUACUGCUUUGGCUGCACCAAUUAUGCCAGACAUGAAGGAACCUGAAGUCAUACGGACUUUGAAGCUACGCAGUGGUGUGCUAAUUCAAGAUAUUGUUGAAGGGGAAGGACCAGAAGCACAUGAUGGAGAUUUGGUUAAAUUCAAUUAUGUAUGCAGGCGUGCAAAUGGAUACUUUGUUUUCAGUACAGUGGACCAAUUCAAUGGAGAAAGUAAACCUGUUACACUUCCUUUGGAUGAGAACCAGAUGAUAGUGGGCUUAAAGGAGGUCUUGACUGGCAUGAGAGUUGAUGGAAAGAGAAGAGCACUGAUCCCACCUUCAGCAGGAUAUGUAAAUGAGAACUUGAAACCAAUACCUGAAGAGUUUGGUCCUCGUCGCAGCCUUUUUUCUCAUGCACAAGAGCCUUUGGUAUUCGAAGUUCAACUCGUGAAAAUUUUGAGCCCUCCACCAUUACCUACAUUUUAACUAAAUUACUACUUUUUCUCUAAUGUCAGCUUGCAUUUCAUUACUUUAAGCUAUAUAGUCUUGAUCUAUUAAGAUCUUGGUGGGGGCAAGAUUGCAAGAAUGAAUGUUUCAUAAAGAAAGGAAUGAGAUUAGGAGUGUGUUUAAAAGGGUGUAAAGGAUAUAGGAGAAGGAAGAACUAUAGAUGUAAAGAACAGUGACACACUUGAAAUUUUUUCUUUUGGUCUUAAUGUACUCUACACAAUGCAAUUGGACAUACGAAUGAUGCAGUUGAAUCUACUGGUAACAUGAUUAACAUGUUUAAAGGAGGGAAUUCAAUUGUGUUGUGUGUGAUGCAGAUAAUCGUUUUGUAUUUUAAAUUUAUGAAUAAAAUGUAGGAUGCUAUAUAUAAUCAUUAAAAUAGACAUUAUUUAUGGUUAAUCAGUCAUCAAGGAAACUGAGCAUUGUUAGUGU